UCAUCAUUUCGUCUCUCCAUGGCUGUUGAAAGCUAAUCCUGAGCUCGCGAAUCCAAUGAACAUAUUUGCCAUGAUGCAGUGGAACAAAAAUAGGGACGUGCCAUUAUUUAAGAGGAACAGGAGGGUCGUAUGGGUGUGACUGUUUUUCACUGCGAGCUCAGAGCAAAAGCACAACCCAAGCCAGCUGGGUGUCUCUACUCGUUUCGUGAUGCAUUGCCUAAGCAGAAAGGUCAGCUCUUAUCUGGUGAAUGCUCACUGUGAUGUGGAAGAGGGCAAUGAGGAAAAGAGGGAGCACUACCAUUGUACUUGGCUGGACCUGGUAAUGGAGACAAGACCAGAACAGAAGACAGCAUUGUUAGAGGAGGAUUCUUCACGUAAGGAGACCUACGAGCAGAAACAAGAGGCAAAUUUCCUGGUACAGAGACACCCCAACCAAACGAUCCGGCUGGGUAGACAGGGGCAGAAGAUGGCCGAGCACCAGCUGCGCUGUAAGAAUGUUCUCCCUGUGCCAAUCUUCACACCAGGCAAACCACCGUCACGCAAGGAGUCAAACCGAGCAUUCAGCCCCACAGAGCUCAGAUCUAUCAUGGAGUACAAACAAGCGCUGUCGAAUGGCAUGUGUCUGCAAAAGACUGAAAUCUCCAAAAUCACCAAACACAUGCCAAAAGUCACACAACCCGCCUGUAUAGCCCAUAGAGUAUCAAAUCUCAUCUCACCACCAUGUGAAUCCUCUCAUAGUCCACAGAGAUGCCAGUGA